AUGAGCUCUGAAGGCAUACGCAAGCCACAUGUUCGUGCUCGUCGUGGUGGUGGCCAUGUAACAACAGUGUCGAGCCAACGCAGCGUAGCUCAAACACCCUCCGCCCAUGAUGCCUUCGAUCCCUCACCACCUUCAUCCGCGGCCAGCAUUGAAAUAUUAUUGACUUCACCUACCCAAGAGCUAAUGUCUCCCGGAGGCUACGAACCCCGUCCCAUCGCCAAACUUGAUACGGUGUUUAAGUCAUCUUCUCUGCAGCCUGCUGCCGACGCUGAUAUCGAAACUAACACAGAGCAAGAAGCUCCUGAUGUUGACAAAAAGCCCUCGGAGUCGCUCCUUCCUGUUGGCACCACUUCCCCUACUAUCACAGCCCUCAGGGCAGUCAUUCUAAGGUCUCGUAUCACUUUGGCUGAUGAGGAGAAGAAAUAUGAUGUAAAAGCUGCUCCGGAGAGCAAUGAAGUCUUGAGGGUCAAGAAUAAGCUUGACACCCUUGAAACAAAAUUGGAAGAUAUCAGGUGGGAAUACGAGAGGGCAAAGGCAGCAUCUCAGGCACAUGAACAAACACGAGUCGCGUUCAGGACUAGGCAUCGGGAGUUAGAUGAGGCCGAGAGGGAAUUGGAGGAGUUGUACCAUUCAGAGAUACACGAAGUUCAGUAA